UUUGUCACAUGGUCUUCUGAUUGUGCUCUAUUCUUCCUUUUUGUCAUAAUGAGCAAAGUCCUUAUUACUGGAGCUUCUGGUCUACUUGGAAGAGCAAUAGUAAAUGAGUUUUUGAAUAAUUCGUGGGAAGUACUUGGUUUAGCAUUUUCUAGAGCUAGAGAUAAACUGAUUAAAGUUGAUUUAAAUAAUUUGGAUGAAGUAAAGGAAAUUAUUCAAAAGUUUAAGCCGACUGUAAUAAUUCAUUGUGCUGCUCAGAGAUCAGUUGAAAAAGUUGAGAAGGAUUAUGAGGAAAGCAAAAGAUUAAAUGUUGCAUGUUCAAAAAAUCUGGCAGAUUUAGCAAGUAAUGUAUAUGUACACAUACUUUCUAAUACAAGCUGCUUAUUAACAAGAUGCAUUUUUUUAUAUUUUAAAUCAUUUACUGAUCUUUAAUUUAUCGAGGGAUUUGCUUUUCAUGUAUACAUGGACUGUUCAGUUUAAAAGUGGGCAGCAUAUUUCAGAGUACAUAAUUUUCUUUGCUGUGUUUUUCUGGUUCUUAUAUUGUUCUGUUAUGUGUGAAAGAUUUAUAAAUUAGGCUGUUAGGUGGAGGAAUAAAUUCUUUGAAAGCAU